AUGGAGAGCUGGUCGCCGGAAAGCCGGACGGCGGUUCAGAAUGCUUUCAAUGCCUUACGUGAAACCAUCAGCAAAGAAGCCCAGAACGCUCAAGGAACAGAGGUCGAGCAGCGGUUGAAAGAGGACAACCGAUCACGCGCACUGCUUACCGAUGAGCUCGAAAUACUAAGGUCUCGCUCCGCCGAGGUUGACCGUUUGGAGGAGGAGAAUCGAAAGCUCCGGACGAAGUUGCUGCAAUUCCACCAACAGACCCGGUCCGCCGAGUCGCCCUACGGCUCUCGUUCGGAGUAUGUCUCCCAUGAUAGAGGCACCGUCACAGAUUCUAAGUCAGCUGUGAAUUCCGAGAAAGAUGAAGAACUGGAGCAGGUCUUGCGCGAGAGUCAAAAGCUUCGUCGGAAAUACAAUGCGCUGGAUCGCAAUUUCAAGAUCCUCAAGGCAGAGUUCAAAAAAAGGAGAGACGAGAAUAAGAAAUGGGAAGAGUACGCGACAAGUUUGGAAGCCAAAUUAAAGAGCAAUGAACAGUAUCGAGGGGGAUCAGACGAAGCCGCGCGCUCAACAGAAGCAUUCUUAGAACCCAGUAGACCUGAGGCUGGUCUGGCCUCGAGCUUCGCUUCAGAUCCUGGUGCAAGACCGACAACGACUUAUGAUACUACGAAGCUCACCAGAAGGAGAAGUGCCGAUCCCAUCGCUGCUGCUUCUGCUGCAAGCGAUGACGAGACUCGAGAUCUGCCUCUGGAGGACUCGACGGAAGAGGACACGACAGAGAGCAGCAAGGACGCCGAUGUUCUCACACUUCCACCCCUGAGACAACCCCCCAAAACGGAUUCCGAUAUUCGCAUCAAACCAGAACCCUCCUCCGACGGUCCGGUUGUCGUGUCGGAGCGCUUUGUGGGCAAGAGAAAGCAUUCGGACGACUCCCCCGCUGAGCAACAAGGGCGACGUCGAAUCAAAAUUGAGAGCUCGAAUCCUUCUGCAGGACCUGCCACAAGUCAACUUCAACAAGAAAGCAUGGACCUCGACGAGGUCGGCCAGAAGCUGAGUACGCCGAGGAAGAACAGAACAUUGCCCGACACUCUUGCUGCGUCAGGACAGGUGGACGCUGGGAGAGCCAGAACGACGGGUCCUCUGCUUGUCAGACCUGACGAUACGGGUACGCCGACGCCGAGAAACGCCGAACCAUCAGCUGUUCUGACACCAGUCAACCCUAACGUCCGCUCGGUGCGGCCAUACGAGUGGAAGACUUUGGACAAGCCGAACAAGAAAGGACUCGCCCAUGGUAUAGAAAGCCUGGCCGAGGAUGGACUUGCCUAUAAGAAAACAGGCCGUGGAGAGCCAGCCGGAGGACUGUUUAGCACACCACAGCCCCCUGGUCGGUUGAAAACGCUGUUAAACGUGCCAUCUCCGGAGCAGGCUCCUACGAUAGUACGAUCAGCGCCGCGACUUCGUGAUACGCAUAGGGCGACAGACGAUGGCCCUCACUUCCCGGAGCGGCGAGAGCUACCGUUUAGCAAGGAUCGCCGAGAGAGAUUGAAGGAAGCCCCUGCUGGCCGGAAAGCACACGAUGAGAAUACGGAAAAUGAUACUCCGCGUGCACUUGGUCGGAACCGUAGCGGGGCUACAACGCCAUUGCCCACGGUCAGAGGAUCGUUGCGAACCAAACCCAUGGCGUCCAUGCGCCUCGAGGAUUUCAAGGUGAACCCCAAGUUCAACGGCGGCUCAGACUACGCAUAUUCGGAAGUAGUCAGGGGCAAAGACGACAGGGCUUGCUUACCUGGCUGUGUCGACAUGGACUGCUGUGGUAAGCAAUUCCGUGCCAUGGCACUCGCCCAAAGGAACAAUAUCGAUCGCACCCCGGCUUCGGACGCAAAACUAUUCGAAGACUACCUCGGCGACAGAAUCACGAUAACAUUGGGGAUGUCCAAGGCGGAAAAAGACGAGCUAUGGAUCGAGGCCAAGACGUGGCAGCUUGCCAACGAGCUAGGCAAGCAUCGUCACCGGUAUGCCCGAAGGCCUUCUCCUCCAGGGUUUUGGAACGCGGAUUUCCCUACCACGCAGGAGGUAGAAGACGAGAGGUCUGAGGCCGAGAAAAGGGAAAGGCAGUUGAUUCAAGAGAGGUAUCGGGAGGCGGUUAGAGGUGGAGGGCGGUGGGUGUUCAGGGACGAAUGA